AUGGAAGCUGUAGGGCUUGCGGUCGGGGUGGCAGCCCUAAUUGGUACUCUCAAAGAUUGCAUCGAUCUCUAUUUGAUGAUCUCAGCAGAUAUGUCUCCCGGCGAGGACGCAGCAUUGCUUACAACGAAGCUGAAUGCCGAGAAAAGGCUCUUCUUCAAAUGGGCAGACCGCGUUGGUUUGGCGAAGCCACGGAAAUGGGACAGACGGUUGGAUGACAAAGAUCUUAAUACAACCGUCGCUGGAGUCCUAUCUAGCAUCAAGACUCUGUUAGGGGAAGCAAAGGCCCUGGAAAGCCGAUACGGACUUGAACGUCGCGGCCUGAGCAUCGACAGGACCUCGUUCGCUGACGUCAACCUACCCAAAGCUCGUGCGUCGCGAAUGGAGCGCUUUUUUCGAAGGUUCGAUCAAGUUGAUUUGAGCAAGAGUACUCUGAAGGGAGGCAAGGAAGCCAAGAAACUCGGUGUCAAGGAUAGGUGUUGCUGGGUUAUACGCGACAAGGACAAGUUCGGGCAGUUGCUCCAGGAGCUCUGCUACCUCAACUCACGACUUCAUGAUCUGGUUCCAGACACGCGCAUCCAACGCCUCAAGCAGAUUUUGAAAGCGGCUUCUGGCAUGCCGUAUGCUCUUGAAGCAGUCCAACGAGCAAUUCGGACUGCAAAAAGAAAGGAAAAGUCGGACUCUUCAACGGCUCGGGUUUAG